AGAAAUAAACAAGCGUCGUCGGGUCUGAGAUCCACAGGCUUCAUGUACAGGUCUCGUAACCGUGCUUUCGAGUUCUCUUAAUAAUGGCCAAUAUUGAGCAAAUCAACAGUUCAGAGAGCACGUCUGGUGACACGAGUUUUCAAGAGAUAUAUGAUCACUAUAACUCCUACAAAAUUACAGGUAUGGUCACCAUGUGCGUUUUUGCCAUACUAGGAGGGAUUGGCAACACCCAUGUACUUUACAUCUACUCAUUUAAGUUCACGAAGUCUAAUCAUCGCCUGUACAUUCUCUGUCUCGCCGUUCUUGAUUGGACCACGUGUUUUGUAUCCAUGCCCUUCAUCAUUGUUAAACUUAAUCAUCCGCUAGUGGCUUCUAACAUGACAGCCUUUUGUAGUAUAGAAAAGUUACUGAACUAUUUUAUAUGCUGUGCUGUUGGGUUGAUCAUGACGGUAAUCGCGUAUGACAGAUACCGCAAAGUAUGCCAUCCUUUACGAGUUCAAAUUUCCUACCGCAGAGCGAAAUAUUUAUGUCUCGUCGCUCUGAUGAUAUCUGGGUUGUUCACGUGGCCCGCCGUUAUCCUGUUUGGUCGUCGUAAUUUCCCGACCAAAUAUGGCAUAGAAGGUGCAAUUUGUUUCUCAGUGGACACAUAUAAACAUUACAUGUUGUAUUUUAAUGUAACGCUUGUGGUUUUGCUGUCGUUAGCUGGUGGUAUUGGGAUACUACUCUAUUUUAGGAUUGGACAGACAAUUUUCCAACUAAAGAAUUCUACAGGUACACAAAUUAAUUUGAGGAAGAUGCAAAUAUCCAGAACACAAACUGUGUCAGAAGGAGCAUUCCAAGAAUCAGUUGCUGGCGACAUAUCCAGUUCUGUGGUAGCAGAUAACGAUUCGUUCUGCAAGGUACAUGACUUAUCGACAGAUAUUCCCACGCGCCCAAAAUUAAUCAAAGUGAGGGACGCAGUUAAACUCAAAACAACCGAGCUACGUGGCCGUAUUCGAAACUCAACACCUUUGCAACAUAGACAGCAUGGUCAGGACAAGCAUUCCGGAAAUGCAAGGAGAACUUCUGUUAUGUUUUUGAUUAUAACUAUUAUAUACUUGUCUACUUACAUACCAUUUCUAUUUCUGACAGGUAUUCUGUACUCGACAGACGACUUUUUAGAAAGUCUUAAUGAGGUUACUUUCUCACUUUUCUAUAUAUUUUUGGGAUGUUUCUUUUUCACAAACAUGAUUAAUCCUAUCAUAUAUGCAUUAUGUGAUCGACGUUACCGGAAAAAACUCAAACAACUGUAUUUGGUAUGUUGCCAUCAGAAAAUGUGAACACUUAUAAAUAUGUGCUAAUUGUCAUUAUUGGGAUUGUCUUUCCCGACUGCUAUUCUUGAAAUGAUGUCGACAGUUCCGAUGCUAUACGUAACCAAGGUUAUCAGGAAAGCUACUUACCACGGGUUUAAUAUUCAGUAGAAUCAUAAACUUUACCAAAAUUAAAAUCCUGUAUUUCACUGCAGGUCUUUUGAAUUGUCAGAAAGAAGCAAUUUCAAGUUAUUAAAGUUUCGAAAAUUGAAGAAUUUAAGCCUUAUUCAAGAUGAAAUUCAAAUACAUGAGACGCGGUACAUCGUUAUUAAAGAUUUGCAUGUCGUUACAUGAGGCUCAAAGUUAUCUAUGUACUUUAAAUUUCCGAUUUAAGUAAGCGUUUCCGAUGCGGCUUAAGCCGUGAACAAAUGUAGUUUCAUGCAUAUUUUUCUCAGUUUCAAUGUCUACGUUUUGUCAAUAGUCAAUUGUUUGUGAAUGAACAUUUUAGUACAUACUUGCAGCUGUGUACGUUUAUUAAGUUUAUAACAGAAGACAUAUUUCUGGAUUACAAUUUUGCUAUCGCAAUAUUGAUUAUGAUGGUAAUCACUUUUAUGUUAAGAUAUUUGUUUGUAGACCCACACGCGUAUUUAACUAUAUUUUGUAUAUGAUAAAUUAAAUUUCUGUAUUUUUUAAUUCACAUAUUAUCACAUCACUUCCUGUAAUACAAUCCAACUUGUUUGUGGUUUAUCAUUUAUUUGUCUAGCAUGCGUACGAUGGAUACAUACAAGAAAUGUAUUAACUAGAUUACAUGAACCAUAUCCGAUAUACUCGUGUUUGUGUGUGAUAUACUUGUACAUCAUGACCUAUACUGCUAGUUUUAACUGGCAUAUUGAUUACUCAUCAAUAUUAUUGAAAAAAUGUUUGAGCACGGACUUGUAUAUAUUUAGUGUGUGGUUUAUUUAGUACUGAUUUAAUCAUGUUUUUAGCGUCGUUUCAAUGUUACAUCUUAACAUAACUUGCCACAAGUGCACGAAAUUGUGUUAUCACUAUAAUAAACCAUCCAUGAAGUGAGUCCCAGAGUGUAUAUAUACCGAGUAGAUAGUCAAGCUUUUAUCGACUCGUUAUGUAGCACAGGUAAACAGACCAGUAAACAUAUAGGCGAGAAGCUCACUUGAAUUUGUAUUGCCUGUAUUACCAGACCUAUCAAAUAUAGAAAUUAUUUUUUUGUGUAAGCACAUCAACUUUUGCGGCUACCCCAGGUAAAGGCAAAACUUACAAAAACUUUACACGUGUUUUUCUCUAUACGAGAAAACUAUUUUCUAUCUUUAGUAAGCUUCCACUGAUGACAUGUAAAGGGAGAAAUCUUUAAAUUGCUACUAUUUGCAUCGAAAUGUUAUUUUCUUAAAUGUGAGUGUCUUUAAUAUAUAAAUAUUAAAUGAUUUUCCAAA